AUGGCAGAUUUCUGUUUGCCGAAGGAGAAGAUGGCGGCGGAAAGACACAGGGAGAGAAACGAUCCCGCCAAAGAACCGUCCAAGAUCCCGCCCAAGAUCCCGCCCAAGAUCCCGCCUAAGAUCCCGCCUAAGAUCCCGCCUAAGAUCCCGCCUAAGAUCCCGCCAAAGAUCCCGCCUAAGAUCCCGCCCAAGAUCCCGCCUAAGAUCCCGCCAAAGAUCCCGCCUAAGAUCCCGCCUAAGAUCCCGCCUAAGAUCCCGCCUAAGAUCCCGCCUAAGAUCCCGCCUAAGAUCCCGCCUAAGAUCCCGCCUAAGAUCCCGCCCAAGAUCCCGCCUAAGAUCCCGCCAAAGAUCCCGCCUAAGAUCCCGCCUAAGAUCCCGCCUAAGAUCCCGCCUAAGAUCCCGCCUAAGAUCCCGCCAAAGAUCCCUCCCAAGAUCCCGCCCAAGAUCCCGCCCAAGAUCCCUCCCAAGAUCCCGCCCAAGAUCCCUCCCAAGAUCCCGCCUAAGAUCCCGCCUAAGAUCCCGCCUAAGAUCCCGCCUAAGAUCCCGCCUAAGAUCCCGCCUAAGAUCCCGCCUAAGAUCCCGCCAAAGAUCCCGCCAAAGAUCCCGCCUAAGAUCCCGCCUAAGAUCCCGCCUAAGAUCCCGCCUAAGAUCCCUCCCAAGAUCCCGCCCCAGAUCCCGCCCAAGAUCCUGCCCAAGAUCCCGCCCAAGAUCCCGCCUAAGAUCCCGCCUAAGAUCCCGCCUAAGAUCCCGCCUAAGAUCCCGCCUAAGAUCCCGCCUAAGAUCCCGCCUAAGAUCCCGCCCAAGAUCCCGCCCAAGAUCCCUCCCAAGAUCCCGCCUAAGAUCCCGCCUAAGAUCCCGCCAAAGAUCCCGCCCAAGAUCCCGCCCAAGAUCCCUCCCAAGAUCCCGCCUAAGAUCCCGCCAAAGAUCCCGCCCAAGAUCCCGCCUAAGAUCCCGCCUAAGAUCCCGCCUAAGAUCCCGCCUAAGAUCCCGCCCAAGAUCCCGCCUAAGAUCCCUCCCAAGAUCCCGCCCAAGAUCCCGCCAAAGAUCCCGUCCAAUAUCCCGCCAAAGAUCCCGCCUAAGAUCCCGCCCAAGAUCCCGCCCAAGAUCAAGAUCCCGCCCAAGAUCCCGCCCAAGAUCCCGCCAAAGAUCCCGCCUAAGAUCCCGCCCAAGAUCCCGCCCAAGAUCAAGAUCCCGCCCAAGAUCCCGCCCAAGAUCCCGCCUAAGAUCCCGCCCAAGAUCCCGUCCAAGAUCCCGCCCAAGAUCCCGCCCAAGAUCCCGCCAAAGAUCCCGUCCAAUAUCCUGCCCAAGAUCCCGCCCAAGAUCCCGCCCAAGAUCCCGCCUAAGAUCCCGCCCAAGAUCCCGUCCAAGAUCCCGCCCAAGAUCCCGCCAAAGAUCCCUCCCAAGAUCCCGCCCAAGAUCCCUCCCAAGAUCCCGCCUAAGAUCCCGCCUAAGAUCCCGCCAAAGAUCCCUCCCAAGAUCCCGCCCAAGAUCCCGCCCAAGAUCCCGCCUAAGAUCCCGCCCAAGAUCCCGCCUAAGAUCCCUCCCAAGAUCCCGCCCAAGAUCCCGCCAAAGAUCCCGUCCAAUAUCCCGCCCAAGAUCCCGCCAAAGAUCCCGCCUAAGAUCCCGCCCAAGAUCCCGCCCAAGAUCAAGAUCCCGCCCAAGAUCCCGCCCAAGAUCCCGCCUAAGAUCCCGCCCAAGAUCCCGUCCAAGAUCCCGCCCAAGAUCCCGCCCAAGAUCCCGCCAAAGAUCCCGUCCAAUAUCCUGCCCAAGAUCCCGCCCAAGAUCCCGCCCAAGAUCCCGCCUAAGAUCCCGCCCAAGAUCCCGUCCAAGAUCCCGCCCAAGAUCCCGCCAAAGAUCCCGCCUAAGAUCCCGCCUAAGAUCCCGCCCAAGAUCCAGCCCAAGAUCCCGCCCAAGAUCCCGCCCAAGAUCCCGCCCAAGAUCCCGCCAAAGAUCCCGCCAGUGUCUGUAAUUUUGACAGUGGAUUAA